AUGUUUUGGAGUAAGGCAAAGGACACUAUAGUUGCAAAUCCAACUACCAUAAGUCCUAGCUCAUUAUCUCCUCCAACAACAUCUGUUUCGCUAGAGACUCCAAUAGUGAGACCUUCUGAUUUUUUCAAGUAUGGUUUUCCUGGUCCCAUCCAUGAUUUACAAACCAGAGCAGAAUUUGUCUCAGUAUACAACCGUCAAACCCGGAAUCCAUAUUAUGUCGUUGAACAUUUGACCCCAGAUUCUUUAGCCAGUCACAAUGCUGAUAGAAAGAAUUCUUUUUUUAAGGAAGAUGAGCAAAUUCCAAGCAUAUUUAGGGCAAGAUUAAAGGACUAUUUUCGAUCUGGUCCUCUUUUUUUGCCUAAGCAGGAUCCUAAUGAUGGUAAAUGGAAGGUAACAUAUGAACUCAUUGGAAGUCCGCCAUCAGUUGCAGUGCCGACGCAUUUCUUUAAAUUGGUCGUAGCCGAGGACCCGAAGAAUAGACGAAACCCUGGUGAUGUUGCGCUGGCAGCUUUCGUCCUUCCAAACGAGCCAAUACCAAAUUCUGUCAAACUCACAGAUUUUGAAGUACCAUUAGAAGCAUUAGAGAGAGCUACAGGGUUGGAGUUUAUGAGAAAACUGGAACCUCAAAAACAGAAGCCCCUUUGUAAGGAAGUCAAAUGCGAACUGAUUAUUAGAGAUUUCAAUAAUAACAUAAAGCAGCUACCCCUACCACAGAAAUAG